GGGAGAGGCUCUGGUGCGGGAGCUCUUCUCUCACAUCUGACCACUGGAGCCCUCGGUAAUUAUAGCGGCAUUGAAAUUCCGGGCUAAAAACAGAAGUGUAGCAUGUGCCUGUUCCCCAUGUGAUUCAGAAACCAGGAAAUCGAAAGAGUCUGGCUGAGAGGAGGGGAGUGCAAAGCCAUAGACACAUCUAAUAUUUAUCUCAAACCUGCUACGCCGGGGACUCGGAGCUGUCAUCUACUGGAGCUGAUUAUGCAUGCAGCAGCACCGGAGCCUGAUUGGGCGUAGUAGGUCCUAAGGCGAGGGGGAGAGGGAGUGGGAAAUGAGUUGGGCUUGCAGCACCGAAAUGUAAACAGUGGGAAGGCAGACGGAGAACAACGCCGGUGGGUGCCGAGCAGCGCACUUCUCGCCUACUGCCCGCCGGGCUGGAUGGGCAGGGGCAGGCACGCCGGGCAUCUCCUGCCUGUGGAUAUCCGUCGGGGCUAUCGGGAUGCGCUAGCUUUCUCCAGCGCUGCAGCUCCGCCGUGCUCCGCACCGGAGCUCGGACGGGGCAAUGGACAUGAACAUGAAGAAGUUCACGGUGCGGCGGUUCUUUUCCGUUUAUCUCCGCAAGAAGUCUCGGUCGAAGAGCUCGAGCCUGAGUAGAUUUGAGGAAGAAGGUAUUGUGAAGGAAAUAGACAUCAGUCACCAUGUGAAGGAAGGUUUUGAAAAAGCAGAUCCUUCUCAGUUUGAGCUGCUGAAAGUAUUAGGACAAGGUUCAUAUGGAAAGGUAUUUCUAGUGAGGAAGAUCAAAGGAUCUGAUGCAGGUCAGCUUUAUGCCAUGAAGGUACUUAAAAAAGCAACUCUGAAAGUUCGGGAUCGGGUACGGUCGAAAAUGGAGAGAGAUAUUUUGGCAGAAGUCAAUCAUCCUUUCAUAGUCAAGCUUCAUUAUGCAUUUCAAACAGAGGGGAAGUUGUAUCUAAUACUAGAUUUCCUGCGGGGAGGGGACCUUUUCACAAGACUCUCUAAAGAGGUGAUGUUUACAGAAGAGGAUGUCAAGUUCUACUUAGCUGAGCUGGCCUUGGCUUUAGACCACCUCCAUGGACUUGGAAUUAUUUACAGGGAUCUAAAACCAGAAAACAUUCUUCUUGAUGAAGAGGGCCACAUUAAGAUAACAGAUUUCGGUCUGAGCAAAGAAGCCAUCGACCAUGACAAGAGAGCAUAUUCGUUCUGUGGGACAAUAGAGUAUAUGGCUCCAGAAGUGGUCAACCGCAGAGGACACACGCAGAGCGCCGACUGGUGGUCUUUUGGUGUGCUCAUGUUUGAGAUGCUGACAGGAUCAUUACCAUUCCAGGGAAAAGACAGAAAGGAAACAAUGGCUCUUAUACUCAAAGCCAAGCUGGGAAUGCCGCAGUUCUUGAGCAUAGAAGCCCAGAGCCUGCUGCGAGCCCUCUUCAAAAGGAACCCAUCUAACAGAUUAGGUGCUGGAUUCGAUGGAGUGGAAGAAAUCAAACGUCACCCUUUCUUUAUUACUAUAGACUGGAACAAACUGUAUAGAAAAGAAAUCAAGCCGCCUUUCAAGCCUGCAGUGGGACGGCCAGAAGACACUUUUCAUUUUGAUCCGGAGUUCACAUCUCGGACCCCCACAGAUUCCCCAGGUGUUCCUCCAAGUGCCAAUGCUCAUCAUCUUUUCAGAGGUUUCAGCUUUGUUGCCUCUAACUUGGUGCAGGAGCCUGCACAGCAGGAUGUGCACAAAAUCACCGUUCAUCCAAUUGUGCAGCAAUUACAUGGAAACAAUAUUCACUUUACAGAUGGAUAUGACAUCAAAGAGGACAUAGGAAUUGGCUCCUAUUCAGUGUGCAAGAGAUGUGUUCAUAAAGCAACAGAAACAGAGUUUGCAGUGAAGAUAAUUGACAAGAGCAAGAGAGACCCCUCUGAAGAAAUAGAGAUUCUCUUGCGAUAUGGACAGCAUCCAAACAUCAUUACUCUCAAAGAUGUCUAUGACGAUGGGAAAUAUGUGUACCUGGUGAUGGAGUUGAUGCGAGGAGGAGAGCUCCUGGACCGCAUUCUUCAACAGAAGUGUUUUUCAGAGCGAGAGGCCAGUGCUGUUCUGUGCACUAUCACCAGGACUGUGGACUACCUGCACUCCCAGGGGGUGGUGCACCGAGAUUUAAAGCCAAGUAAUAUCCUCUACAUGGAUGAGUCAGGAAACCCAGACUCCAUCAGGAUUUGUGACUUUGGCUUUGCCAAGCAACUGAGAGCUGAGAAUGGUCUUCUCAUGACUCCUUGCUACACCGCCAACUUUGUCGCCCCUGAGGUCCUUAAGCGCCAAGGUUACGAUGCAGCCUGUGACAUCUGGAGCUUGGGGAUCCUGUUGUACACCAUGCUGGCAGGGUUCACUCCUUUUGCAAAUGGGCCAGAUGACACCCCAGAGGAGAUUCUGGCCAGGAUUGGCAGUGGCAAAUAUGCUCUUACUGGAGGAAACUGGGAUUCAGUAUCAGAUACUGCAAAGGAUAUUGUGUCUAAGAUGCUUCACGUAGACCCUCAUCAGCGUCUCACAGCAGUUCAAGUGUUGAGACAUCCAUGGAUAGUGAACAGGGAGUAUCUAUCUCAAAAUCAACUCAGCAGACAGGAUGUUCACCUGGUGAAGGGUGCAAUGGCAGCCACUUACUUUGCUUUAAACCGAACACCUCAGGCACCAAGGCUGGAGCCUGUAUUGUCCUCCAAUCUGGCUCAGCGGAGGGGCAUGAAAAGACUUACCUCAACCAGAUUGUAGCAGUACCCCCACAAGGCCUCUUUGGAAACCCACUGUUUAUUAUUUGAGAGAUUCAUCUUUACUUGGUUAGUAGAACUUUUUGGACAACUUGCACAUGAAAUCGCCGGAACUAGCGGAAGUACAGCAUAAGGCAAAGUCUGCCUUUCCUCCAUCAUUUCUUUUACAUUCCAGCCAGGAUCCUGAGUUUAACAACUUCACAAAGAUGUGCCAAUUUUGCUGGUAGCUCUGUUUCCUUACUGAGAUAAAGCCAAAUAAAGUAGAGAUGCUCCAUCCCUCCCUAGAAGAGUCUUUAAGAUGUUCUUCAGGAACAUAGUUUUCACUUUUUUUUUCCUCAAGAAAAGCACGUUUUGUAAUGAAGAUGCAGUCGGGUUUGAAUGUUCUCAGCAGUUCUCACAAGCAUCACGAUGAAGUGCUUGGCUGGUCGCCUGCUGGUCUCCACUCACCCCAGGAGGACUGAAGGCUGCAGAGACACAUGGAUGAGACCUUACUGGAAAUAAAUGCUAUACAGCAUGAAGGAGAACACGCUGUCUCUGAUGGAAACACCUUCUGAUUUUGAGAAAUCUUUUGCACUUUGCCCCUGUUUUGUCUGGAACAAAGUCAGCAGCACUCAAGGAGGAGUGUAUCCCAUGAGCUUGACUUUGGUGGAGGUCAGGUCCUUUGAGAGCAGAAAGUCUCUGAGAAACACAGGCCUCCAAGGGGACUAUCGGGUCCCAUGGGACUGUGGGAAAGCAUUUGUCUGAAGUAGUGGGGUAGGAGCCUAUGGAUGAGAGGUGACAAAGGUGUCUGGUCUCAGCUAACAAGGAGGCUGGCUGCAGGCAAGGCCACCACUGCUCCCUGCUGGGGAGUGCUUGUUUCUGAAGGAUCCAGCCAACUGUCACAAGCUUUAAUGCUAAUAAAUCAGGAGGAGAAACAGGAUGAUGCUGUGCUUUUAUAUUUAUAUAAAUAUAUAUACAUGUAUAUUUAUAUAUAUAUAUAUAUAGAUCUGCACCCUAAUGCCUGGAUUUUUCAGGUUCAGGGAAAUAAAACCUGGUUGAGAAGGUCUCAACAAAGUGGACCUUUUUUCUCAUUCCCUGAGCUACUUUUUUAUUGUUUUUCUUACCCGCUGUGGCAUAUGGUGAUCACGAGCUGCCCAGGAUUCUUCUUUAUAGUGCUUUUGUUUUGUUUUCUGAGUGAAUUUUGUCACUUCAGAUGCUUUGUGGGAGAAGCUAAUGUGCUAUAUUGGCUUUUUGUCUAUUUUGAAAGGAGAAAAAAAGAAAAACGUAAACAUGGAGCUUUGUAUGCUAGAGGUGACAAUUGUCUGGCUGGGUAGUGGUGCGCUAUGGUGCCAUGUGAAAUUACCAGGUCAUGGCAUCAAUGUCCAAUGGGAUGAGAAGUUGCAUUUGCUAUAGCAAUAUGCUUCCUAAAACUGUGUUCCAGUGUUAACAGAACUUUGUUUGUUUGCAUUAGUCUAUUUUUGAACUUAAAUUUAUUCUUAAUAAUUUAAACCAAUAUUUAAUGUCCAGGUUUAUGUGCUGUGCACACAGGAAUGCUGCAAAGCAGCUCUUCUUGAAGGCCUUCUCUUUUCUAGAAUAAACAAUGCUGUGAAAAUUCACACAGAGAACGAAUUGGCUUGAAUUGCUGUGUGGGAACAUGCACACGUGUGGCUAUGUUUAUUUACAAAGCAGCAGGGAAUAAUGUGCUUAAUUCUCUACUCUAGCUAAUCUAUGCUCAAUGUCAGCUAUUUGCUGCUUUUACACUUCUUCUCUCAUUAGAAGUUAAUUAAAUCUCAUACAUUUCUGCUGUCAGAGUGCUGGGAGAAGUCCUGACUGAUGCAGAGACGUUUUGGUCCACUCCCUGGAUGUGACUUCUGUCUGCAGGAAGGCAAGGUGGCACAGGGAUGCUGAGGGCACCUGGAGGGAGGGCUGGACUUUCUGGUGUCCCGGUUGAUUUGAAUUGUUUCCACAAAAUGUCGUUUUAAGGUGUCAUCAUUGUGCAUGGGUAGAAAAAGUGCUGUAAAUGCUAGGUGCAGUUUUUGUCUCCACUCGAAAUUUCCUGGCAUCUUUCAUUGAUUCAAUUUGAUUUCUCUUCAGAGUCAUUGGAAACAGUCUGAUCCCUUCUUGAUGUACUCAGUCUUAAUUUUUUCGAGCUUUUUUCCUCCAUCUGAUUGUGUUGUAGGCCAAGCUUACAGGUUGCUGCUCUUCCAGGAUUGUUUGAAUCUCUUCCUGGUUGAGCUCUUUCUAGCCCACCAGCUAUCACCCUAUUAACCAUACAAGGUUGGGGCCAUGUACAGAAUGCUACAUGUUGAUGCUCAUUAAUUAUUUUCAUUUAUAAGCCUAUCAAUUACAUAUAAUGAUAUUUGAUUAUCAGGAUUUUCUUGCCAUUGUGUCCAGAUGUGUGUGUAAAUACACAAAGAGGUGCAGUCCCAGUGAGAAUGUCAGUAUAGUCAGUGUUUGAUGCAAUGCUGAGGAGCUGUGUUUGUGACAUUCUUAGCAAUCUGAUGCUGAAUACGGGAGUGGUUGCCCUAGGUGUGGAUAGGCACAUGCUCAGCAAGCAGCUGUGCCUAGGGGAGAGAUUGUGUGGGGUAUGCACCCCAUCCUGGCUGUGCAGCCCUCUGCACUCUUACACAGAUUGCAUGCACAUAUUUAUGCCACCAGUGAUGUUCUCAUAAUAGUGUUCUGACCUGUUUUGGUCAAAGUGAACCACGUUUAUCCACUUCCACAAAUGGUCUGGCUGAUGCAGUCAUUUGGACUGAAACACAGCAUAUGUUUAGCUCCUAAAAGUUGCUUUGAAUUAGGGAAAAAAAACAGAAUCACCAAGGUUGGAAAAAACCUACAAGAUCAUCUAGUCCAACCAUCCAUCAUCUUGCAGGUUAUUAGUCCACACCAUGAACUAGUGCCUUAGGCUGUUAGAAAUAACAUAUUUCGAUUUCUGAACUAUCAAAGUGAGCAAAGCAAUGGCAGUCCAAGGCAUGCUCAAGCGCCUCUGUGACACAAAAUCAGAGCUGUCCUUCAGCACAGCAGAGCAGGCUGCCCAGUGGCAGAAGGCAUCUCUUGAGUGCCUAAAGGGCUUGUUAUACCACUGCUCUGCAGCUUCAGCCAGCAUGUGCCAGUGCUGAUGCUAAAAGAGGGAGCCACCUGCUUUCUCUCUACCUUAGUUGCUCCUCCCUUAUCCAGGUCAUCACAGGGCAAAGCGAAUGUUUGGCAUAUGAGCAGGCAGGGGAUGGCAGAAAGGCAUCAAGGCACCAGCUCUGCUGUGACAUGUAUUAGCAUGGGGCAGUAGGGCCUUCCACUGAGGUGAGUUCAGGCAAUGGGCUUUGUAGACAAGAAGCUUACCCACACCAGGUUGUGCAUGCAGAGCUGGGAGCCAAAUCCUGGCUUCAAGGAGUGUGCCACAAGUUUGUGUAAAAUGCCAGGUGUUUGCUUUCAGAUGAUGUGCUGUGGGGAAAUGGUGCUGGCUGUGUGUGUUUUUGCCACUGUGGAGAUUAUAAAGAAGAAAUCCUGAGGUUUGUUGUGAAAUCAUCAGUUUUCAUAGAGGAAAUUCUUGAUUUUAUAGAGCAAUCCCUGGCAGGAAGAAGGCAGACAAACAUGGAAGGCAAAGCAGAUUACUGUAGCAGAAAAGAGGUAUCUAAGUUUCCAUACAAAAAUGGUUUUCAUUCAGGUCUGUUGAAGCUGUAUCUAUGGAACUUUCUAGCAAAAUAUGCCAAAGCAAACAAUCAGAAGCAAAAUUCCCUUGGAGAACAUCUGUGGACUGUUCCUUUAAGCAACAGCCAAGGGAGAUCCUGACAUCUAAAUCCUAAAAGAUGCACAACUAGGCCAACAAGCUUAGAUAUCCUUCAGACUAAAAUAAAAAGUCUUAAAGUAAUGCUGAUGUUUUAGUACAGUUUGUAACAAAGAAAAAUGUGCAAGCCCGUUCCCAUCUGUCCAUUGGAAGCACACAUCCAAACUGCGUAGAAGUAUGUGCUCCCUGCAAAACACAGACCAUGAUUUAGCACUUUGUUUACAGGCUCCACGUUGAUGUUUACAGUGAUUUCUGAGGCUUGUGCUUUUUAUGUUUUCUGUAUGAGAAGGGCAGCUGGUGUACAGGUAUUUAUUAUGUUUACUGGCAUUUCCGAAUAGAUUUUUUUUAUAGUA